AUGGGUGACAAAACUGCUAAUCAGAACCAAGUGUCCAUUGACUUGGAUCGUCAAGGCCGCUCCAAUUCCUCCUAUGAUGAUGGUCCUCUCAAGCCAACUGGAACUGCUGUGUGGGCUGCGAGUGCUCACAUAAUAACGGCUCUUAUAGGAUCUGGAGUUUUGUCAUUGGGUUGGGCCACAGCUCAGCUUGGAUGGAUCUUUGGACCAAUUGUCAUGCUCUUUUUCUCUCUUGUCACUUGCUACACUUUUACUCUUUUCGCUUAUGCGGUUUGUCGCCAUUCUGGGAAACCUGCCACCUGGGAAAGAAACUACACUUACAUGGACAUUUUCCAAUCGGAGCUUGAUGGGAUUCGGUUCGAGAUAAGUAGAGUUGUUUAUUACACAAGCCUUUUUGGAGUUGCCAGUGGCUACACUACAGAAUCAUCUGCAAGCUUAAAUGCUAUCCAAUGGUCAAAGUGGUUUCACAGUGGUGGUGACAACGGCGGUGAAUACCACAUGAAUCGCAACCUAUGUGUGGUUAUUUUUGGUGUAAUACAAAUUUUUUUCGCUCAAAUUUAUGAAUUUGGAAAGUUAAGGUGGGUCACAGUAAUGGUAACCGCGGUCACAUCCCUUACUUACUCAAUGAUUGGUCUUGGUCUCAGUGUUGCUAAAGUUGCAGUAACUGGGAAAUUCAUGGGAAGUCCAACUGGUAUAAGCAUUGGCACUGUUACUGAGACCCAAAAGAUAUGGAGGGUCUUCCAUGCAAUUGGAGUUAUCGCAUAUGCUUAUUCUUACUACAUCAUCUUAAUUGAAGUACAUGACACGAUCAAGUCUCCAAGCUUAGAAGCCAAGACAAUGAAGAAGGCAUCAGUAAUAAGUGUUGGAUUAACAACAUUAAUCUACAUGCUCUGUGGCUGCUUUGGUUACGCUGCUUUUGGAGACUUAUUGCCUGAAAAUCUCCUCACUGGUUUAGGAUUUGAUCAACCAUUUUGGCUUCUAGAGAUCGCCAAAGUAGCCAUAGUUAUUCACCUCAUUGGAGCAUACCAAAUUUACUGCCAACCCCUCUUCACAUUCAUUGAAAAAGAAGCUUCUAAUAGAUUCCCGUCUAAUAUGCUUAUCACCAAAGAGAUUCAAAUCCUAAUACCUGGAUUUAGGAGAUACAAACUAAAUUUGUCUCGCUUGGUUUGGAGGACAAUUUUCGUGACUAUAACCAGUGUGAUUUCAAUGCUCCUUCCGUUCUUCAACAAUGGUGUUGGUCUCCUUGGGGCCUUAGGGUUUUGGCCAUUCACAGUCUACUUUCCUGUUGAGAUGUACAUAAGGGAAAAGAAAAUACAGAAAUGGAGUACAAAUUGGAUUUGCCUCCAAAUCCUAAGUUUUGCCUGCUUCAUUAUUAGCAUUGCUGCUGGCAUGGGCUCUAUUGCAGGAUUUGUUCUUGACCUCCAGACUUUUAAGCCUUUCAAGUUUGCUACCUGA